CAUUUUAGGUGAUUUGUCCCACCUUAUAAUUUGGACGAGUGGCGACUCCCUUUUCUUUUAUAUUUUUACACUUAAUGAUUUUUCAAUUUAUUUUGAAAAAAAAUCUUAAGUGGUCGUCAACAUGAGCAACCUGCGAAAAGCACCGAAAGACCUGCCCACUGGAUUCAGAUUCAAAGUUGUGCUUCACCACGAAGUAGCAGAUUGUGCGCCCUCCAUAAGUGGGUAUAAACGACUGGAGGAGAUGGUGAGGGCGUACCAAAUCCCCGAGAACAUAUUGCUGCGGACAGGCGGGCAGAAUGAAAGGGCGUGCAUAGUGUCACAGACGGGCUGGAUACCAGUAUUACGAGCUGGCGCUGACACAAUUAACGCCCAACAGCAUAAGGUUCGUCAUAGGCUUUAUGCUGUUGUGCGCGAGAUUGGAGGUACCAGCAAAAGCGAUAGUGUUCAGGUCGCUAUUCUAGUCCCGGUUGUGCCCGAACUCACGAGGAGCGAAGUGCUACUGCCUCGGGAUGUCGAUCUGAAGAACCAGCUGCUUGAGUAUGCGCAGAGGGAGGGUCUAAUAGAUUUAGAAGCCCUGGUUACCUCAGGUGCUCUCGCCGUGCUAGGGUUUGUCGAUGUGACAAACCUGUUCAGCGAAGCAUCUUGGAACGCCAACGACAGCGAGCCCAAGGCUCAUGAGGUCGCGCGUCGGGCAGCGCGCAACCCCGUCAGACAAGACCACAGAACUGAGGCAGCGGCUCCUGGCGCGCGCAGACGUGCACGCGAGGAGACAGAGAGCGAGGAGGAUGAGGUCCCCCUUGCUAAGCGUAUAAGAAGCGGGGGGACUCAGCCCGCACAGGCGGCCCGUCCUGCAGCCGUACGUUCACCGAAUGCAUCGUCAGUGACUGUGCGGGCAGCAAUGGAGCCCGCCUCUGCAUUGGCCUCGAUGUCCAGCCCGAGGAUCGCUUAUCCUGAGGGCUUCAGCUAUGUGCGGGCAGAGUGUCAGCCCGCCAUGGUGCAAGCCAUGCACAACUUUGUGCCCCCUAUGGAUAACAAGCGGGCCAAAGCUUUUGUGCAGCAACAUGGCGGCCAGGUCGCCAUGAUAAAACUUAUGGAUGCAUUCAGCUACGCUGUGGCUCUGUACGAGAGUGAGCAGGCGGCACGUACACAGAACAGCGAGCUCGGUUCCAAGUGCAAACAACUGGCUGCUGAGAAGGCCAGCCUUUUGCAAGGCUCAGAAAUGGCGAACCGAGCUGCGGCUGUAGAGAGCCGGGCGGACGAGCUCGCCAAUAAGAUCAACGAGCUCACCGAGGAGUUAGAGCGAGCCCGUGCGAAGAGAGAGAGCGGGAUUCAAGCGGCGAGGGACGAGGCCGCUCGGGUCGCCGAGGCGGACAGAAGCCUUGCUGCUGCAGGGGAAGCGCUGACCCAGCUGAAGGCUUCCCAUGCACGCUCUGUCGUCAUCGCUCGGGCUCAAGGGGCAGAAUGGUUCGUUGGCUCGGCUGCGUUCCAGGACGCCGUGGCGGUGGCGUCGGCAAAUGUAACCACGGAGAUCUACAACGAGAUCCGUGGGAAAGUGCUACAACACCACCCGGAUUUUCCAAUCCACGAGUUGGUCUUCUUUGAUGAGGAGGAGCUCGACGAGCAGGGUAAGAGCCUUGCUCCCCUCGCUGAUGCAAUUGUGAGGCUGAGAUGGGAUUUGAACGAGGAGGGCGUGCCCGUCUGGCCACCGUCCGUUCUGGAAGACGGGGAGGACCCAGCAGGACUGGCCUCCUUUGAUGCAUGGGUAGACGGUGCUCCUGUAGCUGAGCAGAAGCCUUCAAGCACCCCACCCAACUCUCAGCCCGCAGCUGUGCCAUCCAGCUCGCCCGUCUACCCGCCAGCCUCUGAGCGCGCUGCCCGGACUCCUUCAGCUCGCUCUCCUGCCGCUGUGGCUGAUGCAUCCAUGCCCGUCGAUCUGACGGAUGACUAGGCUUAGGACCUUUUGUUUCAUUCUUUUGUAUUUUUGUUUUGGGCAUUUUUGUAUUUGAUUAAUAAAUUCAGAUCGUGUGU